GCCACAAUGGCAUCGCCGUUCCAAACACAAACGGCAACGGCGGAUACGGCGUUUGCGCUGGUUGCCGGGGAUGGAGGCCGGCUGGAGAACCGAGCGGAUGUGGGGCUGUUCUUUCUGGCACUGCUCGGGUUUGACGUGAGCGUCCACACGCUGGAUGCCGUGCUGGCUGCACAUCCAUCCGGGGUGACAUCUUCGGACGCGCGGCGCAUCGUGGCGCAGCUGCCACCGUCUUGGUUCUCCACUGGCAACAACCUGCAACACCACGCCUUCUCUGCGCUUGACACCACUGGCAAGGGCUUUCUCGAACCAUCCGAUCUCGUUCACGCCGCCUCACAAUGCGCGCCGCACCUCCCACCGGCAAUGCUGGCGACUGCGUUCUCGAUGCUGGACGGCAACGGCGAUGGACGCCUCGCCCUCGGAGACGUGCUCAACCAUGGCGCUGAGCGAUGACAUGGGGACAGUACCGUUGCAGCAUAUGCCGUGAUGCUGCGUUGCACCGCCACCGCAAUCACCAUCGCCAUUUCCACUGCAUGGCUCGCACGGUUGUCCUGGGAGCAGGCAGCUGUGGGCGAAUGCGCAUGCCGACGACAUGUCGGCGCCAGUGCUGUUUUUCGCUGUUGCACUUCUCAAUCACCAAACAGAAAAGCAGGCAAGGAUGCGAUCACGGAUGCUUCAAGUAAGCAAGCAAGCAAGCUCGGAUGGACCAGCUCUCUCUCACUCUCUCACUCACUCACAUGUAUCUCACAUAUAUCUUCGGCACUGUCUGACUGAUGUGAGAUGCGCUCCUGGCUCCCCUCCCCCUCCCCGCCACCACCCGCC